CUGCGCGGCGCCGGCGGCCGCUGAGGCCUGGGUCGAAGUUGGCGCUGCUGCCGCCGCCCUGCAGCCCACUCGCUGCCUCGGCAGCGCGCUGCUCUUCUAAAAUGGCUGCCGCUACCGGUGCUGUGGCAGCCUCGGCCGCCUCGGGUCAGGCGGAAGGUAAAAAGAUCACUGAUCUGCGGGUCAUCGAUCUCAAGUCCGAGCUGAAGCGGCGGAACUUAGACAUCACCGGAGUGAAGACCGUACUCGUCUCCCGACUCAAGCAGGCUAUUGAAGAGGAAGGAGGCGAUCCAGAUAAUAUUGAAUUAACUGUUUCAACUGAUACUCCAAACAAGAAACCAACCAAAGGCAAAGCCCAUUUUCCUUCUUUCGCAGGUAAAAAACAGGAAGCAGAUGAGUUGAGUGGAGAUGCUUCUGUGGAAGAUGAUGCUUUUGUCAAGGACUGUGAAUUGGAGAAUCAAGAGGCACAUGAACAAGAUGGAAAUGACGAGCUAAAGGACUCUGAAGAAUUUGGUGAAAAUGAAGAAGAAAAUGUGCAUUCCAAGGAGUUACUUUCUGCAGAAGAGAACCAGAGAGCUCAUGAAUUAAUAGAGGCAGAAGCAAUAGAAGAUAUAGAAAAAGAGGACAUCGAAAGUCAGGAAAUUGAAGCUCAAGAAGGUGAAGAUGAUACCUUUCUAACAGCCCAAGAUGGUGAGGAAGAAGAAAAUGAGAAAGAUAUAGCAGGUUCUGGUGAUGGUACACAAGAAGUAUCUAAACCUCUUCCUUCAGAAGGGAACCUAGCUGAGGCUGAUCACACAGCUCAUGAAGAGAUGGAAGCUAAUGCGACUGUGAAAGAAGCUGAGGAUGACAACAUCUCGGUCACAAUCCAGGCUGAAGAUGCCAUCACUCUGGAUUUUGAUGGUGAUGACCUCCUAGAAACAGGUAAAAAUGUGAAAAUUACAGAUUCUGAAGCAAGUAAGCCAAAAGAUGGGCAGGACGCCAUUGCACAGAGCCCGGAGAAGGAAAGCAAGGAUUAUGAGAUGAAUGCGAACCAUAAAGAUGGUAAGAAGGAAGACUGCGUGAAGGGGGAUCCUGUCGAGAAGGAAGCCAGAGAAAGUUCUAAGAAAGCAGAAUCUGGAGACAAAGAAAAGGAUACUUUGAAGAAAGGGCCCUCGUCUACUGGGGCCUCUGGUCAAGCAAAGAGCUCUUCAAAGGAAUCUAAAGACAGCAAGACAUCAUCCAAAGAUGACAAAGGCAGUACAAGUAGUACUAGUGGUAGCAGUGGAAGCUCAACUAAAAAUAUCUGGGUUAGUGGACUUUCUUCUAAUACCAAAGCUGCUGAUUUGAAGAACCUUUUUGGCAAAUAUGGAAAGGUUCUGAGUGCAAAGGUAGUUACAAAUGCUCGAAGUCCUGGGGCAAAGUGCUAUGGCAUUGUAACUAUGUCUUCAAGCACAGAGGUAUCCAGAUGUAUUGCACAUCUUCACCGCACUGAGCUGCAUGGACAGCUGAUUUCUGUUGAAAAAGUUAAAGGUGAUCCUUCUAAGAAAGAAUUGAAGAAAGAAAAUGAUGAAAAGAGUAGUUCAAGAAGUUCUGGAGACAAAAAAAACAUGAGUGAUAGAAGUAGCAAGACACAAGCCUCUGUGAAAAAAGAAGAGAAAAGGUCAUCUGAGAAAUGUGAAAAAAAAGAAGGCAAGGAUACUAAGAAAAUAGAAGGUAAAGAUGAGAAGAAUGAUAAUGGAUCAAGUGGCCAAACUUCAGAGUCGAUUAAAAAAAGUGAAGAAAAGAAGCGAAUAAGUUCAAAGAGUCCAGGACAUAUGGUAAUACUAGACCAAACUAAAGGAGAUCAUUGUAGGCCAUCAAGAAGAGGAAGAUAUGAGAAAAUUCAUGGAAGAAGCAAGGAAAAGGAGAGAGCUAGCCUAGAUAAAAAAAGGGACAAAGACUAUAGAAGGAAAGACAUCUUGCCUUUUGAAAAGAUGAAGGAACAAAGACUAAGAGAGCAUUUAGUUCGCUUUGAAAGAUUGCGACGAGCAAUGGAACUUCGAAGACGAAGAGAGAUUGCAGAAAGAGAGCGUCGAGAGCGAGAACGCAUUAGAAUAAUUCGUGAACGGGAAGAACGGGAACGCUUACAGAGAGAGAGAGAGCGCCUAGAAAUUGAAAGGCAAAAACUAGAGAGAGAGAGAAUGGAACGCGAACGCUUGGAAAGGGAACGCAUUCGUAUUGAACAGGAACGUCGUAAGGAAGCUGAACGUAUUGCUCGAGAACGAGAGGAACUGAGAAGGCAACAGCAGCAGCUUCGUUAUGAACAAGAAAAAAGGAAUUCUUUGAAACGCCCACGUGAUGUAGAUCAUAGGCGAGAUGAUCCUUACUGGAGCGAGAAUAAAAAGUUGUCUCUAGAUACAGAUGCACGAUUCAGCCAUGGAUCUGACUAUUCUCGCCAGCAGAACAGAUUUAAUGACUUUGAUCACCGAGAGAGGAGCAGGUUUCCUGAGAGUUCAACAGUACAGUCAUCAUCUUUUGAAAGGCGAGAACGCUUUGUUGGUCAAAGUGAAGGGAAGAAAACACGUCCUACUGCACGAAGAGAAGAUCCAGGUUUUGAAAGGUAUCCCAAAAAUUUCAGUGAUUCCAGAAGAAAUGAGCCUCCACCACCAAGAAAUGAACUUAGAGAAACGGACAGGAGAGAAGUCCGGGGAGAACGAGAUGAGAGGAGAACGGUAAUCAUCCAUGACAGGCCUGAUAUCACUCACCCUAGACAUCCUCGAGAAGCAGGGCCCAAUCCAUCCAGACCAACCACCUGGAAAAGUGAUGGCGGCAUGUCCACUGACAAACGGGAAGCAAGAGUUGAAAGGCCGGAACGAUCGGGGAGGGAAGUAUCAGGACACAGUGUGAGAGGGGCUCCCCCUGGGAAUCGCAGCAAUGCUUCCAGCUAUGGAAACAGAGAGGGAGACAGAGGCGUAAUCACAGACCGAGGAAGUGGAACACAGCACUAUCCUGAGGAGCGACAUGUGGUUGAACGCCAUGGACGGGACACAAGUGGACCAAGGAAAGAGUGGCAUGGUCCACCUUCUCAAGGGCCUGGCUAUCACGAUGCAAGGCGAAUGGGUGAUGGCCGGACAGGAGCGGGCAUGAUAACCCAACAUGCGAGAGGGAAUGCAGAAUGGCAGUAUUAUCUUUGGAACAAAUUAAGAAGAUAGUAACAAAUAACAGAAGAAUAACUUUUACACAUAUAUUUUUCAAGGGUAAUAAAUAGAUAAGUAUAUAAUUAUGGAAAAGUACGCCUCAAAUAUGCUUUUUAAAAUUUCUCAGGAUUUACUGUUUUGUUUUUCUUAUUAAAAUAUAAUGCACUGUCACUGCUAUCUCUUCUAGGAAAAACAAACCCUAAGGUUUCAUUUUCCUUCUCCAACCAAUAGAGUGAUAUCAAGAGUAAACUUGAACUAAGGUCAACUUGCUUGAGCCAACAGAGAAUUCUGUAGUAAUUUGAUUAUUUCACCAAUGUACACAUAUUCUAGGUUAUUAACUAGAGACUCACCAGAUAUUUUGUAUCAAAGUGUUAUACCCCAAACAGGUUCUCUGAUGAUUUAUCAUGCUAGUAUAGGAAAUCUGAAGGAGUAACAAAUGGUAUAACAUAACCAGACAUGCAAUACAGAAGGACAUGACAUAAAAGAUACAGCUUGACCCUGGAUUUUUCCCUUAGAAUAAUUCCUUCCAUAAAUAAGACUUUACUUUUUAUUUUUACAUAGAGACUCAUUCUAUAAAUAGUCUUGGAUCAUGGAGAAUGUUAAAGACAUAGCUUAAGAACUCUACACCACAUUUUUUUUUUUUGUAGUCUACUGUCACCCCAGACCACAAAAAACAUUCUCCAAGUGGAUGCUCAGGUUAGAUAAAGAUGCUCCUAAACAAAUUUACUGAGGCUUAGAAUGAAAAUCACAUAACUACCUGCAGCAGCAAUAGUCUUUUCAAAAAUGACUAAAUCAAACUUUUAAAUAUAAAGCAUAUAUAAAAAGGACUAUUAAGGAUAGUAGAAAUACAGGAAAAUAUGUGUUGCCUUAUAAUAAAGUUCAAUAAAUAUUCUUUCUGAAUCCUAUAAACACUACAAGAUGUUAUAGGUCUAUUUGGUUCCCAUAAGUUAAAAAAGUCUGAUUGCUUUUACAUAAAUUCCUCCCAAUUCUUAUCUAUUUUCAAACAGAUUUUUAUUAAUGCGUUUCACUAGACUCAGAGAUUAUAUCUCUAACUUCCU